ACAGCAAUUGCCUUUGGUUUUUGUUGGAAGUUGGAUCUUGGUUGUUCUGUGCUUCGAGAAGUUGUUUUUGAAUUUCACUGCAAGUAGAGGAGUUUCUAUUUCUUGUUUUUGUUUAAAGAAAAUUAUCUACAAUUACUAAGCACUCGUUUUUAAUCACUUUCUACAAAAUGGCCAAGACAAGGGUUUACGUUAUUGGAGUUGGAAUGACCAAGUUUGAGAAGCCAGGCAAACGAGCUGAUGUUUGCUAUCCAGACAUGGCCAAAGAGGCCGUCACCAAGGCUCUAAAAGAUGCCAAAAUAACCUUCAACGAAGUGCAGCAAGCUUGUGUCGGUUAUGUUUAUGGGGACUCAACCUCAGGACAGCGAGCUGUUUAUGAAGUCGGUAUGACUGGCAUCCCUGUUUAUAAUGUCAACAACAAUUGCUCCACUGGAUCGAGUGCACUGUUCUUGGCAAAGCAGAUUGUAGAAACUGGCAAUGUUGAUUGUGUUUUGGCGCUGGGUUUCGAGAAAAUGGAAAAGGGAUCACUUUCAUCAAAGUUUUUCGAUCGUGCAAAUCCAAUGGAAAAGCAUGUUGAGUUAAUGAGUGAACUGUGUGAUAUUGAGGCUUCACCAAUGGCAGCCCAAAUCUUUGGAAACGCCGGCUUGGAACACAUGAAGUUAUACGGAACCAAACCUGAACAUUUUGCAAAGAUCGCCUGGAAGAACCACAAACAUUCGGUUAACAAUCCCUACUCCCAAUUUCGUGAUGAAUACACUUUGGAGCAGAUUAAGAACUCCCCAAAGAUCCAUGGAGUUUUAACUAAGCUUCAGUGCUGUCCAACCAGCGAUGGAUCUGCAGCUGCAAUUAUCGCAUCAGAAGCCUUUGUUCGGCGUCAUGGUCUUGAGAAACAAGCUGUUGAAAUUGUUGGCAUGGAAAUGGCCACAGAUCCUGAGUCUAGCUUCGCCGAUAAAAGUCUCAUGAAGAUAGCUGGUUACGAUAUGACGCGUCUAGCUGCUGAACGUCUAUUCGCUAAGUCUCCAUACAAACCACAGGACGUGGACGUUGUUGAGUUGCAUGAUUGUUUCUCGGCAAAUGAGUUGAUAACCUACGAAGCACUUGGUUUGUGUGCCCCAGGGAAAGCCGGUGAAAUGAUCGAUAAUGGCGACAAUACAUAUGGUGGGAAAUAUGUCAUCAAUCCCAGCGGUGGACUCAUCUCAAAGGGCCAUCCAUUGGGUGCCACUGGUUUGGCUCAGUGUUCAGAGAUCGUUUGGCAGCUGAGAGGUGAAGCAGAGAAGAGGCAAGUACCGAACGCCAGACUUGGUCUACAACACAAUCUGGGACUAGGAGGUGCUGUUGUGUUGGGUCUAUACCGCUUGGGAUUCCCAAAUGCAUCGAAAAAAGUCUCACAAAAUCUAACCGGCGCUGGUGAAAUAGCAGACUCUCCUGAAGGAUUCAAAGUUGCUCCCCUCUUAAAGAUUCUCGAACAAGCCAUGAUGGAAGACACAGACAAUCUUAUUGAAAAAGUUCGUGCCAUAUACGGUUUUAAGGUGACAAAUGGACCCAACGGAAAAAUUGGUUACUGGGUUAUAAAUGCAAAGGAGGGCAAAGGCAAAAUAACCUACAAUGGAAAAGAAAAACCCAAUAUUACUUUUAUUGUGGCGGAUGAGGACGUGACUGAUUUGAUAUCUGGAAAAUUACCUCCCCAAAAAGCAUUCUUCCAGGGCAAAGUCAAAAUCCAAGGAAACAUGGGCUUGGCCAUGAAACUAAUGGAUCUUCAACGCAACGCUCAAAGCCGCAUUGACGUUUUACGAUCGAAGUUGUAGAUUUUCGUUUCUUCUUUUUAUUGUGUUGGCUUCUCUUUACAUUUCCAAAAAUGAAAAAAUCCUAUCGGCGACCUGGUUUUUUAUUAUUUUGUAUUCUCUUAUAGCUUUAAAGUAAGUCGGUGAAAAACGAUUCGCAGUCUGUCUAACAGAUAUUUUUGUACUGUUAAUGUAAUGUAUAUUUUUAAAAUUAAUAAAGAAAAGUAAUGGUUAUUUGUUAAAA